GGUCACUCAUCCAUAGGUUUGAUUGAGGCGAGCAAACGUGAACCAUUUUAUUUUAUUUUAUUUUUUUGUCGAGAACAAAACUAGGGAAAAAUGAGAAGUAAGAGUGUAGGGAAAUGUAGGGAUGCGGCAUGCGCAACUGCUCCUUCACUCUUCGCCAUUCCUCUCAUUUUGGAUGAACAUAACGUAACUGCGUUUGAUAGUGAGAGUGACGAUGUCAAUUGCGUUCAUCGCCGUCCCGAACCUGGACCCGAGUUUGUGGAGUGCUUGGACAGGAGCAUCUGCGUAUUCUGUGACGAUAAAGCCGAAGAGGGAGUUUUGGUUUGCAGCGAAAGGCUGUGCCCUGUCACAGUACAUUCCAACUGUAUCGGUUCCGAACCCAAAUUCGAUUAUUUGGGUAACUUCUACUGCCCCUACUGCUGGUACAAGCGCGCCCUGGACACGUGCCGACAACUGAGAGAGAAAUCCCUGGUCGCCAAGAAAGCUUUGUCACACUUCUUGGAGAGUGGCGCACGUGCAGAUUCUGCUGUUGCACGGGCGGGCCUGGUUCAGGAUGGGAUACAAUGUGUGGAGGAAACACAAUCUGCAGAGAAUAAUAAUACAGAUGAAGAAAAGGUGUCGGUGUCUGUGACGGUUAGCUCUGUGAGUGAGACCAACGAUGAAGAGCCUAAUCUCGUUUUAGCAAAGACAAGGAAGGACCAGAGGAAGGGUCCUUCUGCAAGGAGGAGGCGUUUGUUACAACAAGAAGAGUAUAAACAUUCUAACACCGGAAGGAAGAUUGCUGGUAAUGUAACAGAGGAGGAAGUUACCAGCUUCCAAACUUUGAGGCGACCACAGAAGUCGAUCGUGAAAGGAAUGAAUCGGACUUCACUGACUGCAAGGCGCAAGAGAUUACUUUGGACCCUUGAAGAAGAAAAGGUUCUGAAGGCAAUUGUUUAUGAAGCUUGAGAUGUUGGAGAAUCAAUAAUUUAUACAAGGAGACAAGCAAGCAAAAAAAGGAAGCAAUCAUCAAGUGGUGGCAUUGUUAUUGGAUCUUCCUCUGCUUUUAAGAAAGGUCCAGGUGCAACUUCAGCUCAAUAGGAAGGAAGGGCAAAAAGACAAUGCAAAUUGGAGUUGAGAAUGAAUUGCAAUUGAAUAGCUCUGACUACGAGUUUUAAAAGUUAUGUAACUUGACAAGCAUAUUUCUUUUUGAAGGGAAAGAUGAGGAGGCAUAUGCCUCGUUAGAUAAUAUUGGAGAUAAUUAUGUUGGCAUGGAAGAAGAGUGAGAUACUUAGAAAUUUAGGACUUUUUCCUCACGUUUUGAUGUUAUUUUUAAGUUUUGAACUUGAAAUUCGUUGUGUUGAUUUGAUGUUAUUGUUAUUUGAAUUUCUAGACAUAUUAUUAUUGUUAUUAUUAAUUAUGGUUGUCUCUUUCAUUAUUUUUGCGAUACAAUUAUGUUUUUGCAUUUUCUUUAAAUUAUCUAUUUGUAUAUAUUGUAUUUCUUUUGUCUGCUAUGCUUCCUCCAUAACCUAUUGUGGUUUCCGAUAUAGUUUUAUAAAGGCUUUUUGGGGUGUCAAAUAUUUUCCGUUACCUGAUAUUGAUAACACUGUUUUGUUAUGGAUAAAACAAUGAAAAUCUUUUUAUUUUUAUCAAUCCCAUGUAUUUAGGAAUUUACUUUUAUUAGAAUUUCUUUCUUUUUAGGAGUUGUUUGCUAAGUUUCCUACUUCCUAGUAUGCAUUUUAUGCUUCUUAAAGUUUAUUAUGAACUUUAAAGUUGUAAAACUUAUACAUUUGACAAGGUAUACAGCAUUAAUCUAAGGUGUUUUAACUGUAUUUGUCUUUUAUUUAGCUUUGGUUCUCACAUUACUGUAAGGAGUAUUAAAGUUCUUAAUGGGGUUUUAUUUGUCAAUUAUACUAUUAGCUUUGAUUCUCA